AUGGAAUUUAAUAUCGAUAUAGUUGUAAAAUUUUCUCCUUUAAACUUGUUGUUUAUAGUUUAUUCUAUCACUCAAACAUCAUCCAUACAAGUAAAAAAGCCUAAACAGUAGAAUGAUUCAGAUAAAAAGUAAACUAAUGAUAUGCAAACACAAUAAGGGAAAAUUGAAGAUACAAAAGAAAAAAAAACCUCAACAAGAGUGACAAUUUUUGAACUUUUAGGAAAGCAUGAUUGCUUUAGAGUAAUGGUUUUAAUUAUGGCUUACAUUUAUCUCUAUUCAAUUGUAGAAGCUACAAAAGCAAAAUCGAUUGUGUACUUACUCCCUCUCUUUAUAUUUAGUAAGACUUUUUAUACAACUGCUAUUUUAUUUAGGUAAGAAAAAUAUAAUAAGGCUAAGACUUAGGGAUGCUUUCUUUACCUUUUAUAUGUCUUUUUUUAUAUUGCAUGUCUUCACUACAGUUGA